AUGUCCACCAAUUCAUCAUCAGCACUCACAACAAAUCAGUACAAAGGUCCCAAUGCGGAGGUCGCAAAACUUUUUCUGGCCUCCCGCCCGAAUCUAGAGUAUCUUGAAUACCUUUUAACCAAUUUUAUCACGUCACGAAGUAAAACCGAACAAAGAUAUACGUUGAACUCGGGACUUUCCCUGUUUUUCAUGUUUCAGCAAAUCGCAUACCUGAAACUAUCAUCGAACGAGACAGGAAGGAAGGAAAAAAUCGAAUGGGUUAGGAUAUUCGUGAAGGUGUUCUCAACGCAGGGUUUCCUCGGAUUCGUUGGAUUAAGGGAACUUAUUGCUGAGGUUGAAGGUGCUUUUCUUCAGAGUUUAGAUUCGACUUCCAAACUUUUAGGAUGGGAUCGAAUGGGUAAAAAUAUCGUGCAGGAUGAAGAUGUAUUAGAAAGUCCAAGGUUGUUUCAUGAUGGAAAAUUCGUAAACCUGAUUACACGGGAUAUUCAGAAUGACCCUGGUCUGAGGUGGAAGACAGAUUCACAAUCCUAUAAAGAAUUGCAAGCGAAAAAUGGCGAUCUGCUUUUCCGGGAGUUACCAAAGGUCGCUCGGGGAAUCAGCAGCUUGGCUCUGGUUUCCGAUAAAAAUACCACACUAAACCUUUUCACCUUGAUUCAUUCCUUUUCUGGGAAAUUAUUUGCCGCAUGGGAAGAAUGCCCACUGAGCUUGAUCGAAAAAGAGGAAUCCUUAGACGACAAGACGAGGGCAGCAACUCCUUUGUUAUGGGCAACCUUUAAACCACUCAUCUUCUUUGUCACUUUAAUUUUCAAGUCUAUUGUGGAUCAAUCGUUAUUUCGUCCGGAAAUAUGCGAACAAGAAGUGUUCUUUUCGGUUCUGGACAGAUCGUUGGACGAUGAAUUGGAAUCGAAACUGUUGGUCAACACAUGUCGACCUCCUGAAGGUAGCACGCCGACAAAAAGAAGUCGGAUUACUUAUUACUUACUUAUUAUAGAACAAUUGAUGCGAGCGUUGGAUGAUGAUACGCUAGAGAAUUAUGUAUUACCUUUCAUACAUCCGUAUACUAUCGACAACACGGAUUCUCAACUAUUCGAAUCUGCGCAUUCUGUAAUCCUUUCCAUAUUUUCCAACCUCAAACGUGUGUCCAAUGAAUUGGCUCCGUACUAUUGCUCAAUGUUGCUCGAGGGGUAUCCGACACUCUUCACAAUAACACAACUUCGAGCUGCAUACACUACGGUCAUCAAAUCCUUGUCGGAUAUAGACGAUGCAUCGGUCUGGUCGUGCUUGGAAAAGCUGAUUGGAAAAAUAGAGGUCUCUCAGAAUAGUGAUUCUUCUACCAGCUCAAGUUUACUCGAAAAUAAUCACAAGGAUGAAACGAUGUCAUCCGAGUCGUCUGAUGGUAAACAAGGUAAUUUAACAAGUGGUGAGAAGGACGAUUCAAAAGAUGCCACCAAAAAAGGUGAUGAUGCCUGGACUGAUGGUGAUCCCAAUGACGAGUACAAAAAUAUCAUUGAGGCUGCGUUAUACCUCCGUAGGGGUUAUUUACUGCUGACGCUUAUCGACCAGGUGCAAAAUGUUAACCUCAUAUUUCUAGAAAAAUUAUUAAAAAAGAUAAAGGAAUUCUUGCAAGCCGAACCCGAUGGCGUCGGAAAAUUGGCAUUAAAAAAGGUAUUGUUCGACGCACUAAGCACGGGCUUGGAUUAUACCAAGAGGGACGUGGGUGUCAGAUGGUGGUUGUCAGAAUGCGAUUUAUUAUAA